AUGGAGAGCCAAGGGAAGAAAAGGAGGAGUCUACCGAAAUUGCCAAAUGACUUCACGGCAAGAUCACUAUCUGCAGAGGAUAAGAGAAGGUUAAUUAGACCUUUUACCGAAGAAGAAGCAAAAGAGGCAGUGUGGAGCUGCGACGAAAGCAAGAGUCCAGGCCCGGAUGGAUUCAACUUGUGCUUCUGGAAAUCCUCAUGGGAAGUGAUUAAAGGUGAUUUUAUCAAACUGCUCCAGGAGUUCCAUGAAAAUGGGAAGAUACCCAAGGGAGGCAACUCGUCAUUUAUAACUCUUAUUCCCAAAAAAGAAGAAGCUUGUUCUCUGGACGAUUAUAGGCCUAUUUCUCUCAUCGGCAGUAUCUAUAAAGUGAUUGCAAAGAUUCUUGCCCAGCGUUUGAGCGCGGUUAUGGACUCCAUAAUUUCAGAAAAUCAAAGCGCCUUCAUCAAGGGCAGAUUUAUUCUUGAUGGAGUGGUUAUCUUGAGUGAAGUUAUAGAGGAGGCAAAGAGGGAGAAAAAUGGAAGGAUGAUUUUCAAGAUUGACUUCGCAAAGGCAUACGAUUCAGUUGAGUGGGAUUUUAUCGACUCUAUGUUGGAACGAUUCAACUUCGAUCCGUUGUGGAGAAGGUGGAUGAAAGGUCGUCUCUCUUCGGCAUCGGCAAACGUCUUGAUUAAUGGAUCACCUUCGGAUAAUGAGAAGAAUGCAGACGUUGUGAAGAAAAUCCUGAGUUUGUUCGAACUCCUAUCUGGUCUGAAAGUUAAUUAUAGCAAAAGUAGUUUGAUGGGGAUUAAAAUUGAUGAUUCCAAACUCGAAAGUUUGGCUAAUGUGCUGGAGUGUAGAAUGGGCUCGAUUCCUUUCAAGUAUCUUGGAGUCAAGAUUGGUGGAAGAAACAAGAGUGUCGUCGACUGGAAUUACAUGUUGAAAAAGGGGCUUGGUUUUAGGAAUAUUGAGUUUUUCAAUAAAGCUUUGGUGGGGAAGUGGCUGUGGAGAUACUUGGAAGGUGGUGGAUCGCUGUGGACUAAGAUAGUGAAGUCGAUCUAUGGAGAGCUUGUCUGGGGAGAUGAAGGAAUUAGAUUGUCCAGGAAAGGAAAAUCUGGAACGGGAUGGUGGGGGAAAAUUAUUUCUUUAGGUGGGAAUUCGAAUUGUGAGUGGCUUUUGAAUAAAAUUGAGAGAAGAGUGGGGAAUGGUUCUAACACAUCCUUUUGGGGUCAGAAAUGGGUUGGGGGAUCUACGCUGAAGUUAGUGUUCCCAAGACUUUUUCAACUGAGCUCCAACAAAGAAGCUCGCAUUGGCGACCUUGGAAAAUGGGUUGAGGGGAAGUGGAUGUGGGAUUUGUCUUGGAGGAGGGAGUUGAGGGCAAGAGAAAUGGAAAUGGUGCAGCUUUUGUACUCUUUUAUUGCCAAUUUCACUUUGUGUGCAUGUGAAGAGGAUAGAUGGAUUUGGGCGGCUUCUCCAGAUGGAGUUUACACCACGAAGGCAGCAUAUUCACUCAUUGUUGAAUCAAGAAGAGAAGCAACUGCCCCUCUCAGUUAUCCGGCUGAGUUUGUCAGAGUGUGGAAGACAAAGGCACCUCAAAAAGCGAUUUUAACGGCAUGGAGGCUUCUCAGAAAUAGACUAGCCACCUGUGAUAAUCUUGAGAAGAGGAAAGUGCCGCUGGGUGAGGAAGAAAAGAAGUGUCAGUUUUGUAAUUUAGAAAUGGAAACGGCGGAGCACUUGUUUCUUCGCUGCUCAAAGACCGCAGAGAUCUGGGAUACAAUCUAG